CGGGCGGGGAGGGGGCUGGAGGUCCCAGGCCCGAGGGCAUGGAGCGGUUAGGGGAGAAAGCCAGUCGCCUGCUGGAGAAGUUAAGGCUCUCGGACUCCGGCAGCGCCAAGUUCGGCCGCAGAAAGGGUGAAUCUAGCCGGUCUGGGUCUGAUGGGACCCCCGGGCCGGGCAAGGGGCGCCUGAGUGGGUUGGGGGUUCCUAGGAAAUCAGGGCCCCGUGGAGCUACUGGGGGACCUGGGGAUGAGCCGUUGGAGCCAGCCCGGGAGCAGGGCCCCCUGGACGCUGAGCGGAACCCGCGCGGCUCCUUUGAAGCGCAGCGCUACGAAGGGUCCUUUCCCGGGGGGCCGCCUCCCACCCGGGCCUUGCCUCUACCUCAGUCAUUGCCCCCCGACUUUCGGCUGGAGACCACGGCCCCAGCUCUAAGCCCCCGCUCCAGUUUCGCCAGUAGCUCAGCCAGCGACGCCAGCAAGCCGUCCAGCCCCCGCGGCAGCCUGCUGCUGGACGGGGCGGGGGCAGGCGGAGCCGGAGGUAGCCGACCCUGCAGCAAUCGUACCAGCGGCAUCAGCAUGGGCUACGACCAGCGCCACGGCAGCCCCCUGCCCGCCGGGCCCUGCCUGUUUGGCCCUCCCCUGGCUGGAGCUCCAGCGGGCUAUUCCCCUGGAGGGGUGCCGUCCGCCUACCCGGAGCUCCACGCUGCCCUGGACCGACUGUGCGCUCACCGGCCUGCGGGGUUCGGCUGCCAGGAAAGUCGCCACUCAUAUCCCCCGGCCCUGGGCAGCCCCGGAGCUCUAGCCGGGGCCGGAGUGGGAGCGGCAGGGCCCUUGGAGAGACGCGGGGCGCAACCCGGACGACACUCAGUGACCGGCUACGGGGACUGCGCCGCGGGCGCCCGAUACCAGGAUGAGCUAACAGCGUUGCUGCGCCUGACGGUGGGCACGGGGGGGCGAGAAGCCGGCGCCCGCGGGGAACCCUCGGGGAUUGAGCCGUCGGGUCUCGAGGAGCCGCCGGGUCCGUUUGUUCCAGAGGCCGCCCGGGCCCGGAUGCGGGAGCCGGAGGCCAGAGAGGACUACUUCGGCACCUGUAUUAAGUGCAACAAAGGCAUCUAUGGGCAGAGCAACGCCUGCCAGGCCCUGGACAGUCUCUACCACACCCAGUGCUUUGUCUGCUGCUCCUGUGGGCGAACUUUGCGCUGCAAGGCUUUCUACAGCGUCAAUGGCUCCGUGUACUGUGAGGAAGAUUAUCUGUUUUCAGGGUUUCAGGAGGCAGCUGAGAAAUGCUGUGUCUGUGGUCACUUGAUUUUGGAGAAGAUCCUGCAGGCCAUGGGGAAGUCCUAUCACCCAGGCUGCUUCCGAUGCAUCGUUUGCAACAAGUGUCUAGAUGGCAUCCCCUUCACAGUGGACUUCUCCAACCAGGUGUACUGUGUCACUGACUACCACAAAAAUUAUGCUCCUAAGUGUGCGGCCUGUGGCCAGCCCAUCCUCCCCUCAGAGGGCUGUGAGGACAUUGUGAGGGUGAUAUCCAUGGACCGAGAUUAUCACUUUGAGUGCUACCACUGUGAGGACUGCCGGAUGCAGCUGAGUGACGAGGAAGGCUGCUGCUGCUUCCCUCUGGAUGGGCACUUGCUCUGCCACGGCUGUCACAUGCAGCGGCUCAGUGCCCGACAGCCCCCUGCCAACUAUAUCUGAACUGCGGUCACCGCUGCUGCCUUCGCCACCCCUGACAAACUCCUCUGGCCAGAGGGCCCCUCUGAGGCCAGCCGAGGCCAGGAACGCACUCCCAGGUCAGGCAGAAGAGUCCUCUGGGGAGGGCCCCAUGGGCCAGAGACCCAAAGAUACGACAUUCCAAAUGGACUGUGGAGAAGGACCCUUCCGAUUGCCAUGGUGGGGUGACUGGCUUUCUUCCCAUGUGCACAACCUGUGCUGUAGCAUAUACUCGGGUAUGCACAGGCAGGUUCCAGGACUUUCUAAAGGUCUGGUUCUAGUCUGUAUCUCCAGUAUCCGUUUAUGCAUAAGUCAAGCAAUGUUCCGGCUUUGGAUUAUAGGAAGAGAGGACAUUAUGAACACUCCUCACUCUUUUGCACCCCUCAUGUGGGUCAGAUACAGAGUCAGCAGG